AAAGAGAAAAACUCGAUAUCAUGGAAAAAACAAAAGAGGAAAAAUUCAAUAUCAUGGAAAAAACAAAAGAGGAAAAAUUCAAUAUCAUGGAAAAAACAAAAGAGGAAAAACUCAAAAUCAUGGAAAAAAAAGAAAGAGAAAAACUUGAUAUUAUGGAAAAAAAAGAAAGAGAAAAACUUGAUAUUAUGGAAAAAAAAGAAGGAGAAAAACUCGAUAUUAUGGAUGAAUUGAGAAAAGUUGAGAACACACUUAGGGAUCGUACGCAAGAACUUUUACGCUCAAGAAGAAUAUGUGAUAUAAGGGGAGCAAUGGAGUUUAUACGAGCACAGCUCUUGAUGAAAACCAAUACAAUCUUGUUUUCUGAGCCUGCAGACAAAGCUUUAAAUAAAUUAACAGAAGAUCAAUUAUUUGUGUCAUUACUAAAGCGGAUGUGUAAACUUAAUAGUCUUCGUUAUGAAGAUGUUCGAAAAUGCAUCGGUGGACUUUACCACCAUUCAUCAAAAUUGAUGCAUGGACAUAAAAAUGACGUUGUCAUCGAUGCCAGAGAUUGGGCACCGAAUGAAGUGGCGGCACUUG